CAGCAAGAGGCUCUUCUAUGUUCCACCCUCAGCCAUCAAGUUCAGCGCUGCCCAGGUCGUUGUUUGUCUCAGCUGGUGAUGAAAUGGGGGUCAACCAGUCCGUGGGCUUUCCCCCUGUCACAGGACCCCACCUCGUAGGCUGCGGGGAUGUGAUGGAAGGUCAGAGUCUCCAGGGGAGCUUCUUUCGACUCUUCUAUCCCUGCCAGGAGUCAGAGGAGACCACGGAGCAGCCCCUGUGGAUCCCCCGCUAUGAGUAUUGCACUGGCCUGGCCGAUUACCUGCGGUUUAAUAAGCGCUGGGGGGGUUUGCUGUUCAACCUGGCUGUGGGAUCUUGUCGCCUGCCUGUUAGCUGGAAUGGCCCCUUUAAGACAAAGGAUUCUGGAUACCCCUUGAUCAUCUUCUCCCAUGGCAUGGGAGCCUUCAGGACACUGUAUUCAGCCUUCUGCAUGGAGCUGGCCUCCCACGGCUUUGUGGUGGCUGUUCCAGAACACAGGGACGGGUCAGCCGCGACCACCUGUUUCUGCAAGCAGGCCCCAGAGGAGAACCAGCUCCCUAAUGAGUCGCUGGAGGAGGAAUGGAUCCCUCACCGUCAGAUUGAAGAAGGGGAGAAGGAAUUCCAUGUCCGAAAUUGCCAGGUGCAUCAGAGGGUAAGCGAGUGUGCACGGGUGUUGAAGAUCCUGCAGGAGGUCACUGCUGGGCAGAUCGUCCUCAACAUCUUGCCUGGCGGGUUGGAUCUGAUGACUUUGAAGGGCAGCAUCAACAUGAGCCGCGUGGCUGUGAUGGGACAUUCAUUUGGUGGGGCCACGGCGAUACUGGCUUUGGCCAAGGAGACCCAGUUUCGGUGUGCUGUGGCUCUGGAUGCUUGGAUGUUUCCUCUGGAACAUGACUUUUACCCCAAGGCCCAAGGCCCUGUGUUCUUUAUCAAUGCUGAGAAAUUCCAGACAGUGGAGAGUAUCAACUUGAUGAAGAAGAUAUGUGCUCAGCACGAGCAAUCCAGGAUCAUAACUGUCCUUGGUUCUGUUCAUCGGAGUCAAACUGACUUUGCCUUUGUGGCUGGUAACUGGAUUGGCAAAUUCUUCUCCACUCAAACCCGUGGGAGCUUGGACCCCUAUGAAGGUCAAGAGAUUAUGGUGAGGGCCAUGUUGGCCUUCCUGCAGAAGCACCUUGACCUGAAAGAGGACUAUGACCAGUGGAACAGCCUCAUUGAAGGCAUUGGACCGUCGCUCAUCCCAGGGGCCCCACACCAUCUGUCCAGCCUGUAGGCACAGCUGGCCAUUUGUGAAAGGUCACUGAGCUGAGUUCCCAUUCGGGGCCUGCCCAGGGACACCCGUAGCCUCCUAUCGAGAAGUGGCUGAUGGUAACCCUUCUUUGCAGAUUAAGAGGAUGAAAUCACACUGCUGAUUAGAUAACUGGGUACUUUGAUCUUGGACUUGUUGAUCUCAAACUCAUGCUGGGGUGUGGAUCACUUACUGAUUGGCAAACUGACUUUCUGGGAACUAAACCCUGAUGGUGUGGGGAACAAGCAGUGGGGUAGAGUUGGUGGGGCGGGGGGGGGGGGGAGUGCUUCCAGCCCCAAGCUCUAUUAACCCAGUGGCCUACUCCCUCACCUCGGGCCAGUGUGGCUUCUGCAGUGGAAGGAAGGAAGCCGAAGGAUGGAGUGAAAUUUCCACCUUCAGGACCUCUAGCCCAGCCUCGCACUGUCUCCUCCCACCUCUCCGCCUUCUCCCACCCCAGGGCCACUUGGUAAGUUCUGAUCACUUUAGGUAACUUCCUAGGAUAGAGACCACCGUUUUCUGUUUAUUUUCAAGCCUUCUUGUUGCAUGAAACAUCAGGACUCAGACUUGUGAGCCCACGGAGGAGGGCAGAAGCAUUGUCCUCACAGCCUAGGGAGGGAAGCGGAGUCCACACUGGUAUCGCAGAAGUUUCUGGAUGUCAUGGACUUUUGCUAAAAAUGUAUCUUGACGAGAAUCCACACAAGUUGGUUGAGAUGGAAAAGAUAGAUUAACACCAUUAAGUGGCCUUUUGAACAGGCCCUUGCCACAAGAGGGAGGUAGUUUGGUGGGUUAGAAUUCAGGCAACCACCCCUGGAGUGGUCUAGGGACUCUUUGGUCUUGCCCCUUACGUCAGAUACCAUGAGCCUCCAACUUGCCUGGAAUCAGGGUGCUGUAGUCUGUUUUCUGGCUCUGAGGCCCUAGCCUCAAAUGUAAGUCAAGAUAUAGACUGAAUUUCCAUUCUGUUCCAUUUAUAAUAUGAAUGAUAUUAAUACUCAUGUUUGCCUAAUGAUAUGUUGGAAUAUUUUCUUUAUUUAAUCUGCAUUAGAGCAAGAUGGCGAGCCAUCUGGAAGUAACUUUUCCUUCUGUCUUUCUUUGUUCACUUACCACUUAUGCCCAUGUGGAAAAAGACUUUAAAAGGAAAGGAAAUCUUCCUGGGGAUCGAAUUCAAAGUUGUCUGGGAACAUCAACCUGAAACCCUCCUCUCCACUACUCUAGACUUCAUACCUCAGCCCAGGUAGUAGGGGACCCCAGAUGAGGCAGGAGCAAAGGGGAAAUGCAUCUACACAGUAGGUCCAAGGUCAGUGCCACCAAAGCAAGCCGGGACCAUGUCUUCCAUCUUGUGACAGCUCUUCUCUCUAAGA